AAAAUAGAAACAGAGAGAGAUCGUAGGCUGAGACACCGAAGGAGAAAAUCAUACCAAAUAUAAUAAUUACAUUAUAAUUAAUUAAUUUAAUUUAAUAAAAACUUCGAAAUUUCGAAUUGGGCAGGCGUCCUUUUUGGCUUAUAAAUUGGGUGGGAGCGACGGUUUCGUUUUUACUCAAUAGCGCUUUGAUCUUUCACGUGUCUCUCCCUUUCUCUCCGUUUUUUCUAUUCGAUUUGCUCUGUCUGUAUCGCGCCUUCCGUUUUGUUUCUUAGCACAAACAAAUUCUGUAGCGGUUUCCUGUUUGCUAAGCUUCGCUUGACGGUGCUUCGGUUCAUUAUAAUUAUAUAUACACAUCAAUAUUCACAGCACUCUGCUGAGAUAUAAAACAGAGAGGCUUUCAAGGUUUAUAUAACGAUACAGGGAGAGAAAUGGAGGGGAGAAAGCAAGUUGGGUCGUCUUCUUCCUUUACUUCUGAGCUUUUCGGGUCCAAGGAGUCGUCAUCUUCAUCUGGGAUUUUCGGGGCUAUAUUUGCGCCUUCCUCCAAGGAACUGGUGUUAGGGAGGGAAUCUCUGCGUUCUGAAGUCACUGGGAAAAAGCUUACGGAUGAACCAUUGCACGUCAAACCUGGAGAGCCAGUUGGUGACUCUAAUGGCAGUGAAGGUGAGAGUCAGAGCAUCCCAAAUAAGGACAUGAGUUCCUUCUAUCAGGAUCAGAGAGUACAGCAACCAUGUCACCUCAGCUCUUCAAUCUAUUAUGGUGGCCAAGAUAUUUAUUCUUACCCCCCGAGUACCCAGAGCCCUGGAUUUAACUCUAUGUACAAGAAAGAUGGGACUGAAGAUGAUUCUGGGAGUGCUUGUAGAGGAAACUGGUGGCAAGGGUCUCUCUAUUAUUAAGGGCUCACUUGCCGAGGCAUAUACUCAUCAAGAUAUAUAGGAUAUAGGGUACGUAGCAGCAGCGGAUCGUUGUGUGCAGCUGGUUUGUUUUGCUCCAGUCCAGCCCAACAACAGUCAUAUGAAACCAUAGUUCUCUAUAUAUAUAUAUGCAUCUUAUUUAGUAUCGGUGUAAAGAAUGAUGAAGUGGUCUCCUUAUGUAAAGGAUGUUUGGUCUAGUGACUUGUCCUUCAACUACUGCUAAUGUGGUUGAAGAUUUGGAUAUGAGUAAUUUAGCUGUGUUUAAUAUAUAAUAUAUGUAUGUUUGAACUCGUAAUUGCAUGUUUUCUUUAGCUC